ACUUCCGGUCAGGAAGUAAACCAUCCAAGGUGAGCUGAUGUUCCAGGUGGUUCGCGUGUCCGUCCGCCGUGCGCUCCGCGGGACCGUCCGGUUCUCUGAGGCCGCGGCGGGCCGAGCCGUGACCCGGCCGGAGAGCCUCAGAACCGGGUCAGAGAGCGGCAGAACCCGGACACAGGGAGGCGGUAGAACCGGGACAGAGAGGCUCCGACCCGGUGCUCUGAGCCGGACCUGCACCGUGGAUCCGCGGCUGGAGGAGCAAUUCGUGUUCGUGGAUUGUACAGAUCCUGAGGAGGACUCGGGUCAGGAGCUGGACCUCCUGCUGACCACCUCUUCCUCAUCCUCCGCCUCUUCCUCCUCCUCCUCCUCCUCCUCCUCCUCCUCCUCCCCUCCUCAGAAACACCUGCGCACUUUGGAGCUUCAGCUGCAGGUGUUGAAGGGCAUGACCGAGGAGGAGGAGCCCGACUCACUGAUUGAGUUCCAGGAUGUGGACUUCCCACUGGACCAGAGCAUCGUUACUGCAACAAAGAAGAAGAAGAAGAAGAAGAAAAAGGCGGGGUCAGGUGAGCAUAAAGUGGUUGGUACUCCAGACGUGGAUGAGCCCGUCAGCACCACCUGCUGCUCGGGUUGCGGUGCCAUACUGCACUGCACUGCCGCCGCCGUGCCCGGUUACCUGCCCAGCGAGAAGUUCAAGGCUCUGCAGAAGGAGGAUCAGCUCGCCAGCGCCACCUGCCAGCGCUGCUACCUGCUCACACACCACCAGAAGGCGCUGCGCCUGGAGAUGUCCAAAGACCAGUACCGUGCCGUGGUACGCCAGAUCCGCUCCCAGAAAGCUCUGGUGCUGCUCAUCGUCGACCUGUUCGAUGUCCCCGACUCCAUCGUCGCCGACCUGCCGGAGCUUGUUGGCAACAACAAACAUAUCGUUGUCCUCGGCAACAAGAUUGACCUGUUGCCUGGAGACUCACCAAACUACCUGCAGCGUAUCAAACGCCAGCUGCGUCAGUACUGUGAGGACGCCGGCUUUGGAGGCCAGGUGACUGACAUACACCUGAUCAGUGCCAAAACAGGCUACGGCGUGGAAGGCGUGAUCACCAGCCUGCAGCAGUCCUGGAAGUACAAAGGCGACGUCUAUCUGGUGGGCAGUGCCAACGCCGGCAAGUCGACCCUGUUCAACACACUGCUGGAGUCCGACUACUGCAAGUCCAAAGCCUCGGACAUCAUCAACAAGGCCACCAUCUCGCCGUGGCCAGGAACAACUCUGAACCUGCUCAAGUUCCCCAUCAUCAACCCGACACCGUACCGGAUGUUUCGGCGACAGGAACGCCUGAACGAGACUUCGCAGCAGAUGGAGAACGAGUUGUCACCAGAGGAAGUCAAGAGGCUGCAGCACUUCAGCCGGCAGGGAUACCUCGUAGGUCGUGUUGGCAGAACGUUCCGGAACAGCGUCGCAUCCAGACAAUUUGAGUUUGACCCCGACAGUUUGGCAUUUGGAGAGAAUGACGAUGGACAUGUGACGACCACAGUUUCCAGUAAAAUGUUGGCGUUUACCCACAACGAGCUGAAGGAUGCCCACUGGCUGAUGGACACUCCGGGCAUCAUGAAGGAUCAAGAUAUCCUCCAUCUGCUGACAGAACAGGAAGUGAAGUCGGUGGUUCCAAGUCGGGCCGUCAUCCCUCGGACCUUUGUGUUGAAACCCGGUACCAGUCUGUUUGUGGGAGCUCUGGCCCGGAUCGACCUCCUGCAGGGGGUGAAGUCCUGCUGGUUUUCCGUGGUGGUCUCAGGUCAGGUUCCGGUUCACAUCACCAGUCUGGACAAGGCGGACGCUGUUUAUCAGAAACAUGCGGGACUUCCCCUCCUGGGGGUACCUCUGGGAGGCUCGGAGCGUAUGCGAGACUUUCCGCCGUUGGUUCCUCAGGACGUGAGGUUGGAAGGUCGCGGUUACCUGGAGGCAGCAGCCGACAUCAAACUAUCGUCUGCAGGUUGGGUUUCUGUGACGGCGGCGGAAGGCGAGCAGCUUCAGCUGAGGCUUCUGGGUCCAGAGGCAGCUGGUUUCAGCGUUCGAACACCGCCGCUGCUUCCUUAUAUUGUCUCUCUGAAAGGCCAACGCAUCCGGAAGUCUGUCACCUACAAGCCCCAGAAGCCCCCGGGGCUGGUGGAUGGAGGGCUGUCGGUGGGUGGGGCCAAGAGGCUUCAGAUAAAGAAGGAGAAAAAGAAAACACUGUGAGCUCCCGCCUCAGUGGUUACCAUGGAGUCGCUCAGGUGACUGGAGGAGGCGGGGUUGAACUUAGUGACGGACAAGUCUGUUUAAACCAAUGAAGAAGAUGGUUUCAGGUUCAGCCAAUCAGGGAGAGGCGACACAAAACCACUUCAAACUUUAAUACUGAUGAAUUAUUUCGACUGGACUAAGAGACUAAGGAUAUGUACGUCAGGACACAGUUUGUAGAAAAUGAUCACAUGGGAAUUUUACAAAUAAAACGUAUUUGGUCAAAUUUGAAUUUUUUAAUCCUUUGAUUAAAACUUCAGUGACAGUUUUCAACUAAACCUGAAAUAAAACCUCAAAUAUUAAUGUAUUCAUGGAGGGAUGCACUAAUGUAUGAUAUCAGCCAAUGUUAAUGAUGCUGUUUGAGAACUGGUUUCAUUACAUUUUCUGCUGAUUUUAUUGGGUUUUCAAGUGUCAGAAAAAUUAAUGAUUAAUGAAGAACUGUGAAAAGAAAAAGCUGAAAAUAUGCAUUUAAUUUAACACUGAUAGAAGACGAACAAAAAUGUGUUCAUGACAAUUCAUGUUCAGAGGUGUUUUAACAAUAGUCCAGUCUGUUCCACGUCGCCCUCCAGUGGUGGUUCUACAUCACUGCAUGAACUAUGGAACAUUCACUCAAAGGAGAAACGAGGAAGCCGCGAAGAGAAAAAAUAGUGAUCAAAUACGGUUCUGGAGCGGACCAGAGUGAGAAACUUUAGCUGGACAUUGACGUUUCAGACAUUUGUUUUCACUUCAUGGAGUGGCUUCUGUUUCUUUCAUCUCUGUCUAUUCUGCUAAAGCUGGACCAAAGCAGACUCUGCUCUUGUUCCUGGUUUGGUCACUCACUCGUUUCUUCUUCCUCCAUCCUCUAACCACGCCCACCUCAUCCUUUUCUCUGCUGUGGUAAACACCUGUGAAAUGAAGGUGUGGCUGGCUUGUGUUUAUAUCUAGGGGGCGGAGCCUGGCUGAGGGUGUAUUUGUGUCGAAGUGACAUAAACCAUGUCGUUUCUCAUGAGAGAUGAGAUCUAGGACCACCGGGACGGUGCAGAGAAGUUGCAAGUGGCAUGUUCAGCCCUAGAGGCGCCAGUGGGAAGGAGGAGGGUCUUCCAUUGUCCCCUUAACAUGACAUUUAAUCAUCACUGUUACUUUGAAGCUGUUUAAUUUAGGUCAAAAUCUUGCACAGUUCUGCUUUAAACAAUGUCAAACACAUCCUGUGGUCACAGAAAAGAUGUGAGUCUGUUUGAGAAGGGUCAAAUCAUUGGCAUCAAGCGGAGAAAACAUCUAAGGAGAUCACACAAACGACUGCAGCUGGGAUAAGAACUGUCCAAUGCAUUAUUCAACACUGGAAGGAUCAUCUUCCAAGAAAAAAUGUGGUCAGAAAAAAGUCCUGAUUGAUGGUGAUCAGCGAUCACUGACACAUUUGGUGAAAUCAAAUGGAAGAAAAACAGCAGAAGAACUCCGGUCUGUGUUUAAUAGUGAGAGGAAGAGCAUUCAUAUACCCAUAAUGAGAAGGAACUGAAGGGACUGGACUGAACAGCUGUGGAGUCGAAAGAAAACCACUAAUCAGAGAGGCUAACAGCGGGAAAAAAAGGUUUCCGUUUGACAAGGAGCAGAAAGAUUGGACUGCGGAGCCAUGGAAGGAGGUCAUGUGGUCUGAGGAGUCCAGACUGACCCUGUUCCAGAGUGAUGGUCCAUCAGAGUAAGAAGAGAGGCAGAUGAAGCCAUUACCCAUCAUGCCUAGUGCCUACAGUACAAUCCUAUGGGGGCAGUGCUCUGAUCUGGGGUUGGUCCAGUUGGUUCAGGUCUAGGAUGGUCCAGCUGGUGCAGGUCUAGGUUCAACAUUAUGUGCCACAGAAUGAGUUCAGCUGAACCUGAAUAAACUGAAGGAUCAGGUUCUUCCAUCAGUGGGUUUGUUCUUCCCUGAUGAUAUGGGUAGAUUCCCAGAGUCCAGACCUGAACUCCACUGAAGGCUUUGUGCAGAGCUCAGACUCUCCCAUCAUCAAUUCAAGAUCUGGGUGAAAAAUGAAUGCAACACUGGAUGGAAAUAAAACUUGUGACUUUGCAGAAGUUCAUGGAAACAAAGAUACAGUGAAUGUGUGACGUAAUCAAAGCUAAAGGCGGUCCAACCAAAUAUUAGAGUGUGUGACCUUUUUUUGGCCGGGCAGUGUUUUUUUGUUUGUUUAUUUUGAAUAUAACUGUAAAACCAAACCACAAAAGAUUUGUAUAAAAAGUGUCAAUAAUAAAACAUUAAAGUAG